AACUGUUUUGCUCGACGAAGUGACGCAUCCGUGAGGUGAAAAAGUAAAUCAAAUUUUUCGUUUCUACGCAAAUUUGGAUAAUAAAGCAAAAAAGUUCAUUGUUUUGUCGAAUAUACUGUUGGUUGAGGUUUUCAACGCUAGUUCAUAUUCGAAGAACAUUUUUAACUCGAGAAACACUUCAUAUCUCAGCAGUUUUUCGUUCUUACCUCAGUCCAGUUUUCAGGGCGAAAGAUGAGCUUCUUCGGAAAAUUAUUCUCCGGAAAGAAGGGCGAACCUGCCCCGACACCGAGCGAGGCCAUACAGAAGCUUAGGGACAUAGAAAAUAUGCUGACCAAGAAACAGGAAUUCCUGGAGAAAAAGAUUGAUAUCGAAUUGGACACCGCUCGGAAGAAUGGAACCAAAAACAAGAGAGCUGCACUGCAGGCUCUCAAGCGGAAGAAGCGGUACGAAAAGCAAUUGACUCAAAUCGAUGGCACUUUAUCCACAAUCGAAAUGCAGCGGGAGGCUUUGGAGAAUGCCAAUACCAAUACAGCCGUCUUAACCACAAUGAAAAAGGCUUCAGAUGCCCUGAAGGCCGCUCACAAAGAUAUGAAUAUCGACGAUGUGCACGAGAUGAUGGAUGACAUUGCAGAGCAGAACGAUAUUGCGAACGAAAUCUCGAAUGCAGUCUCGUCGGCGGUUGGAUUCGGUCAGGACAUCGACGAUGACGAGCUGGAGAAGGAGCUGGAAGAGUUGGAACAGGAAGAACUGGACAAGGAGCUGCUCGGUGUGCAGCCGGAGACGGAUCAGCUCCCGGACGUGCCAGCAACCGAUCUGCCCGCCAAAGCGAAAGAGAAGAAAAAGGCUGUUACCGAGGAUGACGAUGAUCCGGACAUGAAGGAACUGAUGUCGUGGGCUAACUAAGUAGUAAGACAGGGAUCGGUUUGUCGAACUCCGUUGUUUCCCGCUUUCUACUACCAAUCUAGUGUUUCCUUAGACCAGACAGACAUUAUCCACAUUAGAAUACCUAAUAAUGCCUAGAAAUAGGUACUACUCACCGGCUAGGUUUCUAAUUAAUGCACUUAAUAUAUGUAAAUCAAGCAAAAUUCAAAUCCGCAAUUCGGUUCACAUUUCUAACCGUACCUAUCAUAUCCGUUGCACUGCGGAACAACUAUUGAAAAGAAUUAUUUCAAGAUUGAAGACGAAAACGAAUUAUUGCGGAUUCUUCCUUAGUAAUCUUGUGCUUUUAAAAUCAAAAGUAUAUUUGUGUGAUUUCCACUUGUUAUAAUUUGAUUCGAAACAAAAAAAAAUUAAACCUUUACAGUGCAACAGUGAUAAUUCUAGUACCGCGGUUCAGCUAAUGGA